AUGUACCCUGACAGCAGAAGCCAGAUAGAAAUGGAGCUGGCCCAAAAGGCAGCAUCACCAGCAAUGGGUCUGAACGGGCAUGUCAAGCCUAGAGCCUUGCCCAGCCAUUUUGAUGACCUCAAGCUGCUGGAGGGUUUCUGCGGAGUCGGGCAAACUCCCAAUGCCCCCCAGGGGUACUACCAGAAUGGGGCGGUCGCACAAGACCAAUGUGUUCUGCACUAUGAGGACUUCAGCCCUCUCAACAAACAGGACAGGUUUCACUCCACUGUGUCCAGAAAACUCUUCAACAGCCAGACACACGGCAACACUUUCAGUGAUAAGACCCCUUUGCUGUCGUCGGAAGGGACUGGAAAAAGCUAUCUGGCUUUACAUGCAGUGGAGUAUUCAGCUCCUGAUGAAACGUGGGAGAGCAGCUCUUUUGAGUCGGAACAAAGGGGUCGGCUGGGGAGCGAGAUUGGCAGCCUUUCCCAAUCUACCUCAACCGAGAAAUGUGACCUCCUGGAUAGUUUCCACUUGAACUUUACCCUCUCCAAAAACUUUAGGUGCGUUUUAAGAGCCCUGAAGAUUUCAAGCCUCUUUAUCUUCGUCGUGGUUUGCUCAGUUUUGUUUAGUUCUUAUCCGGACCGUAGGAAUCCCCGGCAGAUGGUUGCUGUUCCAUCAUUAGGAGGCUACUAUUUGAACCUCUCGACCUCUAGAGACGCUAUCCUUCUGGACCUGCAGGUGGCCGGGCCGUUUGCUGAAGGUGCCGCUCACGGGAACGUGGUCGAGUUUGUCAACAUUCAGGUGGAGCGGCACGAAGACGAUCAGACCGGGAAGAGACGAUCCCACCAGUUAAUGCACAACUGGACCAUUCCAUUAAACCCACAAAGAAGGGAAGUCCUCAAGAGGAAGACUUUUGAAAUGCGCAGCAGCCAAAUCGGCGUAAACAUACAGGCCUUUCUCCAGAGUAAUGACGUGAUUCCUCUUUCUAUCAGCCACCAGUACCUCUACGCCAACAUCGAAACGCAGGUCGCGAUUGCCUCAGUCAUUUUGGCUGCUGUCUACGUUCUCAUUAUAUUUGAGAUUGUCCAUCGAUCCCUGGCUGCUAUGUUAGGUUCCCUGGCAGCUUUAGCUGCUCUUGCUGUUAUUGGUGAACGGCCAAGUCUGGUGACAGUGGUGGAGUGGAUUGACUAUGAAACGCUGGCGCUAUUGUUUGGAAUGAUGAUUUUGGUAGCAAUAUUUUCAGACACGGGAUUUUUCGAUUACUGCGCUGUUAAGGCUUACCAGCUCUCGAGGGGGAGAAUCUGGUCCAUGAUCAUCAUUUUGUGUCUCAUCGCCGCCAUUCUUUCAGCCUUUCUGGACAAUGUCACCACCAUGCUACUCUUCACUCCUGUGACCAUCAGGCUGUGUGAGGUGCUCAACCUGGACCCCAGACAUGUGCUGAUAGCAGAGGUGGUCUUUACCAACAUCGGGGGAGCGGCCACAGCUGUGGGAGACCCCCCCAAUGUCAUCAUCGUCUCCAAACAGGAGCUGCGGAACCAAGGGUUCGAUUUUGCACAGUUCACUGGCCACAUGUUUGUGGGAGUUGCCUUGGUCCUUCUGGUUUCCUUCCCUUUCCUGAGACUGUUGUAUUGGAACAAAAAGCUGUACAACAAGGAGCCGAGCGAGAUUGUAGAACUGAAGCACGAGAUUCACGUGUGGCGAUUGACUGCCCAGCGCAUUAACCCCGCCAGCCGAGAGGAGACUGCAGUGAAAUGUCUCCUGAUGCAAAAGGUUCUCACACUGGAGAGUGUGCUCAGGAAAAAACUCAGGACGUUCCAAAGGCAAAUUUCUCAAGAUGACAAAAACUGGGAAAGCAACAUUCAGGAACUGCAGAAAACACACAGGAUAAUGGACAAGAGCCUCCUGGUGAAAUGUUCAACCGUUUUAGGAUUUGUUAUCUUCAUGUUCUUUCUCAACUCAUUUGUUCCUGGCAUUCACCUAGACCUUGGGUGGAUUGCGAUGCUGGGUGCAAUGUGGCUCCUGGUGCUGGCUGACAUCCAUGACUUUGAGAUAAUAUUGCACAGGGUGGAAUGGGCAACACUUCUCUUCUUCGCAGCCCUCUUCGUGCUGAUGGAGGCACUGGCGAAUCUGCAUUUGAUUGACUACAUUGGAGAGCAGACGGCCACCUUGAUAAAGUCUGUUCCAGAAGACCAACGUCUCACAGUGGCUAUUAUUCUAGUUGUCUGGAUCUCUGCCCUUGCCUCUUCCCUGAUAGAUAACAUUCCUUUCACGGCCACAAUGAUUCCCGUUCUACUUAAUCUGAGCCAGGACGCAGAUGUCAACCUGCCUGUGAAACCGCUGAUCUUCGCCCUGGCGUUUGGAGCCUGCCUUGGAGGUAACGGCACAUUGAUCGGAGCCUCCGCUAACGUGGUGUGUGCUGGCAUCGCAGAGCAGCACGGCUAUGGCUUCUCCUUCAUGGCAUUUUUCAGGCUGGGUUUUCCCAUGAUGUUGAUUUCCACCACUAUCGGGAUGUGUUAUCUGCUGGUUGUUCAUGUCGUGUUGGGAUGGAACUCCUGAACUCGCUUCCAAGGCCCCUGAGGAAAACACUGCUUUCUUAACGAUUUCCUGCAUCGGCAGCGGACAUGGGCAAGAGAAGCUGCUUCCGAUCGGCACUUGUGACUUGUAUCCUAUCACUUUUUUUCACCGGGAACUCACAACGACUUCUUUUCAUGUACGUAUACAAAUGAGAGGAGCAAAACCGUAGCAUUUAAACAACAAGGAACUCUGAGCUCAUCAAUCCAGCUCAACAACGAAAAGCUGCUUCAAAACAAAGUCCGAUAUCUUUACGACUUAUUUUAUUUCCCUUCAGUGGAACCUCCACGUUGACCUUGUUCGACAUGUAAAGUGCCCGCCUGUUGGAGCAGCUCAGAUUGUUAUAAAGUAAUGUCAAUUCCUAACUUAAAAGGAAAAAUUC